GCGGCACACGGCAGUCCAUUGGCGAAGUCCUAACGAACAACCGCCGGUCACGAAGCUUUCCGCGUCGUCGAAAAGUUCGCGAGACCGCGUGUUCUCUUCGAUACUCGACGAAUUUUCAUAUUAUAUAAAUAAUUGCUUUAAGGUUUUUCAUCGCGAGGAGGGAAAAUCUAUUUCACGAUUUUCCUCUUCUUUUCUCGAGUGUUAACAGCACUGAUUCAUCUUUUAAAUGUGAUAUCACGUAUCGUACGUACGUGCUCAUUUCGAAUUAUUUUCUUCGUUCUUCCGUUGAAAGAAAAAAGUGAACUCGCGUGAGAGAUUUUUUAGAGUCUAGUGAUAAACAACGUAGAGUGCCGGUUUGACGCGAUAACGUCGAGAUGUGAAAACUAUGUAAUAUUGUGUUGCGUGUUGGUUCGAGAUUAAUAAAAGAUAUAAGAAAGUAAAAGAAAAGAGAGAAGUAGAGACAGAGAAAGAGACAGAGAGAGAGAGAGAGAGAGAGAGAGAGGGGAGAAAAAGGAAGGAAGAGAGAAGGAGACAGAGAGAGAGAGAGAGAGAGAGACAAUAUUAAUAAUAUUUCCAUCGUCAUCCAUAUUCGUACGUGAAAGAAGAAGAAAGAAGACAGAUUUUUGGAGGUUCGCGAUAUUUUGUGCGUCGCUCGAGGCAAGAAUAUACGAAGAUAGAAGAGGAUAGAGUCAUCAAGAAGAGCGAUAGUGUGCUAGAAAGAGACAGAGAGCAGAGAGAGAGAGAAAGAGAUAGAUAGAUAGAUAGAGAGAGAGAGAGAGAAAGAGAGCAGAGAGAGAUAGAAGAGGAUCAUAGAACGAACAGAGAUCCGGAGCACCACGUACUUUUUUCCUCACCUUUUCCUCGUGAAUCGAGCCACGUAACGGGAAAUUAUGAAGCAGGAACGCGGAACGUGUUGCGACUUUGGGACUAGAAAUGAGUUGAGGAUCGGCUACGAUGUUGAGUCGUUUGUCGGCCGUGGUGGCCUCCAUUUUGGUUCACCAGGUACACUUUCUGUGCACCGCAGAUUCUCAAGGCGUGAAGCCAGUUCCUGGGCUGGAAAACCUGCCGAGGUCGUUCUGGCGUGAGCUCAGUUCACCCUUUACCGAGGUGUACGAAGUGGACAGUUUUGCCACCGAGAUCAGUGCAACGCCCGAACCAAGGCCGUUUUUCGAAGAUCCAGAGAGCAACAUUACAGUGCAGUUAGGAGCUCAAGUACACAUGCACUGUAGAGUGCAAAAUUUGCAAAAGAAUUUGAAGGUGUCGUGGGUACGAAGACGUGGCGAGGAUUUUCAUUUACUUACUAUCGGCCUUGACACGUAUGCGAGCGACUCGAGAUUUUCUUUGGAGUUCGAAGGCCCGAACGAUUGGCGAUUACAGUUGAAAUCGGCGACUGAAAGGGAUGCAGGACUUUACGAGUGUCAAGUCAGUGUACAUCCGCCAUUAAUCAGAACGGUUCAUCUGUCGGUAUCAGUACCAAGAGUUGAGAUUGUUGACGAACGUGGCGCGACCACCGGCGAUAAAUUCUAUAAAGCAGGUAGUACGAUAGAACUGAAGUGUGUCGUUAGCAAUAUACCUCAACCGACUGGAUACGUAACAUGGCGGCAUGGAUCUCGUGCACUGAAUUACGAUACCACCCGUGGAGGAAUCAGUGUGAAAACCGACAUGGGGUCGACCGGAGCGGUUUCGAGGCUCUACAUUGCCAAUGCGAAUAAGAAAGACAGUGGGAACUAUAGUUGCGCAUUGGCCGACAUAGCUGCGGUCACUGUCGUCUCCGUCCACGUGCUCAACGGAGAGAAUCCAGCGGCAAUGCAGCACGGUGGAAGCGGCAGUUCAAGAGCAGCAUUGGUCCUUAUCAUCAUUGCGACAUUGUCAUCGCUUUUGAGGUGACCGUGAGGAGAUCUUUGGCGCUGCUACGUAGCUUCGCGAUACGAAUGGUGCUAACUAACUUUGUCACGCGAGCAAGGACAUCGGAUACUCUUCGAAACGAGAGAGAAAGGAGAAGAUGGGAAAUUAACGAAAAGAAAAAUUUAAGACGAGAGGAAAAAGGAUAAUAGAAAAUUCAAGAAAAAAGGAAAGAUCUCGUUCCGAUGCCAAGUAUCCACCGUGUUCCUUUCAGAAAUUUCACGAUCAAUGAAAAACGUUCGAACCAAGAUUAAGUUAAUAAACUUUGUUCGAACUCGUCGCGUGCUAAACCUAAAUCUUAUACAUAUAUAUACAUAUAUAUAAACAUAUGUGUAUAUAUAAGUAUAUAUAUAUAAUAUCCUGAUAACUCGAGACCUCUCCUCACAUGCGCUCAGAGCAACGAAAUUUCAUUUCCUGCGUUCAUGGCCGAAAAUUGUCAUAUGAACGCUUAUAUCGAUCGCGAUCUUAUACAAUGUACGCGUGUGGAAACUCGACGGAAACGGCACGUUCCGAAAUCGUUGUGAGCACAUUUUAUCUUCACCCGAUACGAGGGAUAAAAUAAUAAUAAUAAUAUUAAUAAUAUUAAUAAUAAUAAUAAUAAUAUUAAUAAUAAUAAUAAUAAUAAUAAUAAUAAUAAUAAAAUAAUAAUAAUAAAAUAAUAAUAAUAAUAAUAAUAAUAAUUAAUUAAUUAAUUAAUUAAUUAAUAAAAGAAUGGACGUCGAGUGACUGGACAUCCGACACUGUUAUAUUAUAUAUACACAUAUUAUAGACAUAUAUAUAUAUAUAUAUAUUAUAUAUAUAACUACACACACAAAUACACGCACGCACACACACAUACACAUCGCAUUUUAUAUGUAUACAUAUUCGUUCGUGUCACGAAAAAAAAUCGUGAUUCAGAGAUAAAGAAAGAAUGAAGAGAACGAAUUGAAAUCGAACGCGAACAGACGGAUCGACGCUGGCGCCAUUUUGCUUAGUUAAUAAGAGAAAAAAAAAUGUUUAUUUUUUCUUUUCAUUUAACUCUUCCUUAUCGAUUUAUUUACUUCAAACUCGUUGAUACAAGUGUCUGCGAUAUCGUACGUAAUGAAAGAAAUAAAAAGAAAUAAUAAUGUCGAUCGUAUUAAAUUUAUGAUCGGUAUAUAGCUAUUCAACAUAUCAACACGAUUUUCAAUAUUACUACAUAGAUACGUAUCGAGGAGUAAAUUUUUCCAUAUUGAGAUUAAUGUAGGUUGCGAGGGUUGAUACAGAAUGAUCGAGAAUUCAUUCGGAUAAGUUUCAAUCAAAUACUUAGAUCGAAUCUUCGACGAGAAUUUUUUCACGAGUUUACAAGUUACAAACCGUACGAUCAAACUUCGCGAAAUAAUAAUUCGCCGUGAAUAUACGAGCUUUCCUGGAUCCUUCGUAAAAUUUUAGAUCCAUUGUGCGAGUAAUCCCAAACGUUGUACUAACAUAUGAGCUUAUGCAAAUAUGCUUUCCUCGUACGUGGAUGGCUAAUGCAAAUUUAGCACUUUGAUUACCGGUCCGUUCACGAAGAACGAUCAUUUUUGCAAAUGUAUCGGAGAUCAUAUUAUUAGGAUCUUUAAUGAUUUCGUAAAGCUCAAUUGAUUUAGCCCGUAUAUCUCGUGAUAUUCCUUAUAUGAUAAAUUGAACUUUCUGAAAGGAAAGAAAAAGAAAAAUAGAGAAAAGAGAAAGUGAGAGAGAGAGAGAGAGAGAGAGAGAGAGAAAGAGAGAGAGAGAGAAAGGCUAUGAGAAAAUUAUUUUUGGAGGUAAAAUAAUUCGAUAAUAACCGUCAAACGAGUGACUGGUUCUCGUCAAUGUCAUUGGGCAUGAAAUAGUCGUAGUUAGUUACACGAUUUAUAGGCAAGUACGGGGGAAAGGCCUGUAAAUUAAUCGGCGCCUGUCGACCGAACGUCGUUUCUCGUUCGUGCCAAAUACGAAGUAUUUUAGGGGAAAUGAAAGGUCAUCGAUCCGAGCUCUGAUUAACGUGACAAAUUAUUCGACAUAUGUAUGUAUGCAUGUAUGUCUUUAUGUAUGUACGUAUUCACGUACGUAUGUAUGUAUGUAUAUAUCUCUUUGUGUAUAUCUCUGUGUGUAAUUAUCAAUCGGACGUCGGACGAUAUUAGCAUAAAAAAUUUAAUGAUUACUCGGAGAUUUGAAGUCAAAGUCGAAAGAACUCGGUUUACUCUUUCUAGAAUUCCAGAGCUGCCGGAUCGAUCGUGAAAGACCGAAUAAGGUAGGUAGGAAGGUAGAUAGGUAGGUAGGUAGGUAGGUAGGUAGGUAGGUAGGUAGGUAGGUAGAUAGAUAGGUAGGUAGGUAUGUAGAUAGGUUGGUACAUACUAUGGAUAGAUGGAUGCAAAAUACAGAACCCUUGUUCAUGGAGAUCAAAGGAACCGGUAAAAUAAGAAAGACGAAAGUGAAAAUUGAUAAGAAAAUUAUAAUAACUCGCAAAGGUUUCAUACGUUAUCCUCGCGAUUGGAUUUUCUUUUUUUCUUUUGUUUUGCUUUUUUUCAUUGUCCUUUUUUUUUCUUUUCUUUUCAUCCAAGAUUCUUCGUUUAUUGCGAAAACGAACGAAUUUAUAAUACGAGAUAUUGCCGUAUAGAAGGAAAAUUGUUUGGAUUAUUUGAGAAUGAUGAAAAUUAAACAUCGAUCAUGUGCCUCGAAUUUAUUCGAUUAUAUUACUGGCGUUAUUUCGUUCUGGCCGGGAAGAAAAACCGUCGGGAAAUCGUACGAAAUCGUCGUUCGUAUCGACCAUGAGAAUGAAUCGUUAAGUAGACUCCACGACAAUGACGUACGGACCGUUAAAUCGGUCGGAUGUCCCGUUUUCCUCUCUCUCUCUCUCUCUCUCUCUCUUUCUAUUUUCGUACCGAAGACCCCACCACUGUUCCAUUUCUCACCCACCUCAAGCCCAUAUAAUACGAUAAUUUAACGGGAGGCAUUAUUGAACGUUGCAGCUGCAAAAUAUUUCAACGGGCUCGGGAAAGCCGUCGCGCAACAACCACAUCCGCCGGCAGCACUGGCAGUGUUCGUGAUAAAUUUAAUUAUUACGCCGCUCCACGGUUAUCCGCCGUGGUCGAAUAACGAAAAAUCGGACUUCUCGUUCUCUGAUUCUCGUCUCUCUUUCUAUCUUUGUUUCUCUUUAUCCGUGUCUCUUUAUCCGUCUCUUUGUCUCUCAUUGUUUCUUUUUCCUUUUUCCUCCAUAAAUGAAACCAUCGUUUCGAAAGUUUAUAUUCGAUGUCAUAAAUUUUCAAUCUUAUCUCGAUUACAUGAAAAAAUUUCAAACUUUUCAUAACGACGCUUUCUCUUUGAUAAAUAUUAGAGUAAAAGAAAUGGCUUUCCCACGAUUAAAUGUUUUCUUUCCUCUUGAAACGAAAAUUGCAAGUCUCCCUCUCUCUCUCUCUGUCUCUGUAUUCUUAAAUAAAAUUUCUUUCGUCUAUGCCCGAGUUGAAAUAAUAAUUCUACACAAUUUUUCAUUCGAUGGAAGAGGACUGGGGUGAGGUAGGUGAUGAUAGAGAGAGAGAGAGGGAGAGAGAAAAGAGGAGAGAGGAAAAAGGUAAAUAUAAUAGAUAUAUACGAACGGUCCUAUUGUAUCUAAAAAAACUUGUUGAAAGGAGUAAAACGAAGGAUACUCCAAAUUCCUAUUGUUAUUCCAUCGAUUAAAACGAAAUAACCGAAUAAACGUAAAACAACGAUCCUCUUGAGAGUAUUAAAUAUCACGAUUUUUUAUAACCACUUAACGGACUUUCGACAUCGCGCCGGCCAUCGAAAAUGUCGACGACUAAAAUUGUUUUCCUUUGGAGAGGUAAAAACGACGAGAGGUGAAAAUUUUCAAUUCAUGCUAUCACCAUAGUCAAAAGCGAUCGACGAGAUUGUAUCGCGAAGGAAGAGAAUCGUGAGGUGGAGAAUGAGGGGGAGUGAAGGUGGGGGUGGUAGCUAGGUAGAUAGGUAGAUAUCGCCAUUGAUACGAUAGCUCGAUAGUGUUGGAGAAAACGUAGAGACAAGUAGAAGAUAUGGCACGGCACGAUACGCGGACAACGACGCUCAUAACGAGUUAAUGGGGUUUUAUAGAACCUACGAUGGAGGCGAUCGAGUUUAGAGAGCUGAAAUCCUGUUCGAGUUCUCUCCUUCUCUCUCUUACAGACUCUCUCUGUCUCCCUCUCUCUCUCUUUCUCUCUCUGUCUCUCGCUGUGCUUCUAUAUUUCUCUUUAUCUAGAUGAUACAUAUAUAGACAGAGAUACAAUGACUCUCGAUUCGAUCGUGUUCUUCCUGCUCUUGCGAGAAUAGUCUUUGUUUACUCGUCCUUUCGUUUAUCUUCCCUGUUAUUUCCUUUCCUUACGACGUUACAGAGCGUAAAUAGUAUCGCCGGUAGGACGUUAAACUUCAUUCCAAUUUACGUUUAUCCUGGACGAACAGAUCGAACGAUAUAAAUUUAUCGAUCGAGUUCCGUUUAUCAAUGGAAGAAAAGAGAAGAAACGAUAAUAAUGAAAGACGAACUGUGACAACUUUACGAUAUUAAAUUGAUAGAAUCGAUUUUCUGAAUGACUCUCGAUGUCUCGACUUCGGUUGUUUUUUUUUUAUUUCGUACGAAUAAAACGAAAUUUCGUACACACGCGUGCGCGUAAAAAUGAGUUCAUUGCUAAGUAAGUAAGUUUAAGAAUUGAAAGAUAUGGAAGAGAUUACGAGAAUAAGUACCUAUCGAUUAAACGAACAUUUCGUAGCGUCGUUGCGUCCGUGCGUUUGAUGAAAAAAAAAAGAAAAAAAAAAUAGAAAAAGAAAAAACUGCAAAAAAAGAGCAAAAGAAAAAGAGACACACAAAAAAAAGCAAAAUCAAGAGAAAAAGGAAGAACAAUAUGGAAACUCUGAUGAAAGGUGUAAAAUUUUUUUGGCAAUAUUAAAGUCGUUGAUCGAUAAUCAUACUUUGCAUCAUGCCCAUAGCAAUGUAUCCGUAAAAAUAAACGAUUAAAUGGACGAGUUGAGAUCUUCUAAUAAGGCAUUGUAAUUCGUUGGCACUAAUAACGAUCAUUAAGUGGCUAAGCUGGGCGAACGAUCGUGCGUAUGUGUGUAUAUGUGUGUGUGUGAAAGAGAGAAAGAGAGGGAGAAUAUGUUUUCAUGUGUAUAUGGUUAAACAAGUGUGUAUGAUCAUACGAAAGAGAGAACGUUCGAGUAAAAAGUUCGAUGGAAUGACAACGUGAAAGAUCAAGAGAACGAAAUAGAAAAUUCAUUUAAUGUCGAUAUUCGCUGUUCACUAUUUGUAAGAUUCGGGAGAAGAAUACAAUAAAAUUCAUAGUACUUAA